CGCAGCGCGCCCAAGAUGGCGGCGCGGUCGUCGUCGGGGGUGGCGGCGGCAGAGGGGGCGGCGGCCGCGGCGGCGGCGACGGCAGCCGUGACGGCGGCGGCGGAGCGGGGCCUCGGCCGGGGGGAAUGAGGCGGCCGCGGCGAGCCAGCGGCGGAGCCGUGUAGCGGAGUAGCGGCCCCCCCUCCCUGCUUCCCUUGGCUGAGCCGGGGGCGCGCGCGCGCGCGCGGCCGUCCGGAGCGGGCUCCCCACCCUCGACUCCCGAGACCCGCGCCGCACCCCCCAACCUGGGCCCGGAGGAUGAUGAAGCUCAAGUCGAACCAGACCCGCACCUAUGACGGCGACGGCUACAAGAAGCGGGCCGCAUGCCUGUGUUUCCGCAGCGAGAGUGAGGAGGAGGUGCUACUUGUGAGCAGCAGUCGUCAUCCAGACCGGUGGAUCGUCCCUGGAGGGGGCAUGGAGCCGGAGGAGGAGCCGGGCGUGGCCGCAGUCCGUGAAGUCUGUGAGGAGGCUGGAGUAAAAGGGACAUUGGGAAGAUUAGUUGGAGUUUUUGAGAACCAGGAGAGGAAGCAUAGAACGUAUGUCUAUGUGCUCAUUGUCACAGAAGUGCUGGAAGACUGGGAAGACUCAGUCAGCAUUGGAAGGAAGCGGGAAUGGUUUAAAAUAGAAGAUGCGAUAAAAGUGCUGCAGUGUCACAAACCGGUGCAGGCGUCAUAUUUUGAAACGUUGAGGCAAGGCUACUCAGCCAACAACGGCACCCCGCUCGUGGCCCCUACAUACUCAGUGUCUGCUCAGAGCUCGAUGCAGGGCAUCAGAUGACUGAAGAUUCCUGUAAGAGAAGUGAAGAUUGGAAAGGAGACUGAAGUGCAGGUCUUCCCUCUCACCCUUGCUCUUUCACCUCUCCUCACAGGCCUCCUCUUUCAAAUAAGGCGUGACGGGCAGCAGAGAAAGGGUUUAUUGAUAAUGUUGCUGUUUGGUGUUAAGUGAUGGGGCUUUUUCUUCUCUUUUUAUUGAGGGGGUGGGGGUUGGGUAUGUAAUUUGUAAGUACUUUUGUGCAUGAUCUGUCUCUCCCUUUUCACACCCCUACAACUCUCUAAAGAGGCAAACAGCCUUCCCUCUGCCUUGGAUUCUGAAGUGUUCCUGUUUGUCUCAUCCCAGCCCUGGCCAGAUUUUUUUUUUUUUUUAAAUUAAAAGAUAUCCAAUAUGAGAUGAAACCUUUCAAGAAUUUGUCCCAUGACGUGCUGUUCAGUCCAGUAGGUUGGUCACUUUCACUGCAGGAUGCAUUUAUCUACACAUUAUAUACUGGACAUAUAAUAUGUAAAUAAAUGACUUUUAGAAAAGGCAUUUGUUUUAACUUUUCAAGGUUUUGUUUUUCAAAUUUGGGGUGUUUCUAAGUGGAGAGCCUCACAAUUCAUUUGCUUUUUCAUUUUUGAUGCUAGUGGCUAGGUGAGUUUCCCCACCCUCUCCUAUACCUCUCCUCACCGGUGUAGUUACCUACCGUCUGGGAAGGGUUUAGCUACUUCAUAGUGCUCCCAGGACUCAUGCCUUCUCUUCUCAAAGCUGUGUUUCCACGCCAAGAAAGAAACAGGAAGAAACCUAUUUUCUUUUUUAUUACCAAGCCAGGAGCAAAUGGCCUCAGCUCAGACCCGGAGAAACAAUGCUAGAAAUUGAAUUCCUCCCUACGUGUCGACAAUAGGGAUUUGAACUGGAUUCUUGGGAUUACUAUCAAAAAAACUGGAGCGUCGAGCACUGUUUCUCUCCUGCUGGUUUGGAGUGUUUUCCAUAAUGCUACUCACCGCCGACAGCGGCCCCUCCCCGUGCGUCCAUGCCUUACAGCGCGGAGCUGGGCCUCGUCCUGCGCCCCGAAGCGCCCGGCUGUGCUCAGCAGCUGCGGCUGCGCAGUCCUGUCCCGUUCUGGGCAACCACGUUACGUUCCUGAGAAGUACACAGGAGGGAAAUGCAGAUGUUUGCUUGUCUUUGUAAUGUUAUAGCACUUGUAAUUGCACCAUGGAGCAUGCUCAGAAAUAUUAAAUUUAUCUCCCACCAGGAUGUGAAAGGUCCAUCGUCUGCUGAGAAGUGGUACAGGAGAAUGCUUAAUCAUUUACUAGAACGGCUACAUAAUGCAUUGGCUCACUGCAGACUGUCUUGUUGGUUUUUGAUACUGGUUGGAUGCUGGCUUCAUUUGCCAAUUGUGUUGUUUAGCAGAUAAGUGCACAGAAAAGGGUCUAGAGACUGGGGGUGGAGCGGGGGGACCCUGAUCAAUCCCUGGCUUUGGGACAGGAGUUUGUUGCUAAACUGUUAGUGGCAUCUCCUUUGUCAAAACACAGCCGAGAUGUGAAAUUAAAAUCGUAGUUCUCUUUAUUUAAAAAGUCUAAUAAAUACUCAAACUUUGAAAAACUUUUGCUCUUCCCUCCCGCUAAAAGAAAUGUGUGUAUCUGGUAGGCCUGGUCAUUUAAUGUUCAAUGUUUUGGGGAAUGUCAGUUGAACUUUAAUUUGCUAUCAAUUCUUGGUUUGCAUCUUCUCUCCCAGUCUUAAAACACAGAGCCAAAAAGCGGGGCUGGCGGUUUCCUUAGCACCACUCUACCUCUGGGAAAGGAAUCCUGUCCCCACGGAAGGGUCCCAGUGGAUAGAAAGCACUAUGGGAUUUGAGUCUAAAUGCCAACUCACUGUCCACGUGUUCUACUUGAAAUGAACACACUGCUGCUUAUCACCUGAUUUAGAGCAGUCUGGGGUUCUGUCCAAAUAAAUAAAGGGGACUGUGAAAUAAAUUCAACUAAGCACUAAAUGGAAUCCCCAAAACACAGUCUUCCAAAUAAGUUCUGCCUUUAUGAUACAGAAGUGCUUUGCAGGAAAACAAUCAGUACUCCUGAAAUAGGAACUGCCGUGUUAGUAUUAAUAAUAAUUUGUGCGUUUUUAGUGAUCUGAAGUUUUCACUGGGCUGGUGUAAUAAUACACUACCCUACAAAAUCCGGUUUGGAUUGUUGUUGGUGUCUUUGGGUCAGGAACAUGAACUGUGCCAAGAAGUAUUUUUCAGUCAUGAAUGGAUCCCAUUAAUGCAGUUAACUGGAGAGAUUGUGCUGCUGCUUCCUCAACUGACAAAAGGAGGCUUUGUCCAACACCAGAAUUGUUGAAACUGGUGCUUUUGUCUGUUGCACUGGGACUCUGAUGAUAGGGGCUUGGUGUUUUUCCCUCCCUGGCACCGUCAGCACCAUGGCUGUCUCCUGAUGUGUAGUUACAGCCCUGUCGUGAGAGAUCACUUGGACGCAUGGUUGCAGGAGCCUUUCUGUCUCCCCCAAGAAAACUGAAAACAGAGAAAAGCUCCAGGUUUACCUUACUUGCAGAAUGUUCCAACAACACUGAUUUGCCAUUAAUUCUGCAAGUACUCACCUUCUUCAGGCUUGGCAGAAACAGGUUCCUUUCUGUGUUCAGGGCAGACAUAAAGUCUUUUUCUUACAGUGAACGGACAUGUCUUAGAGUCUGGCUACUACUGGAGUGUCCAUUGGAGUCCACCAUACUCAAGAUGGAGAAAGAUAGUGAUAGAAUUUUUAAAAUUUAAAUUUGUUCAUAAUUUGAAGCCCUUGGGGAAACAUCAGUGAGACCAUGACAUUUUUUUUUUUUUUUUUCCAUUUGGAACAAGACUCUGUGUCUGUGUGUGUAAGAGAGAAAGAGAAGGACUACCAGGGGUCAGCCACGUUGGGUUUUCUGUAGCCUCUAGGACAGUGCAGCCCAUGAAACAGAAGUCUUGAUUUUUCUCACUGCAAACAUCACAGGAUGGAAAAGUUGCAGGAUUGACUGCGGUUUUUACAAAUGUCUGCUGCCCUAUCCGCCCUGUGUGAAGAGGGCUCCCGCACUGCGGGGUCUGAGCCAAGGCCAUCUGGAGGGGUCAGAGGUGGGGGAGUAUCACCUGCUGGAGGCUCAGCAAGGCCUGGGAGGUAGCUUGGCCACAGGGCUUCCGCCCCAUGCAUUUCAUUGUGAGAGCUGCGGGAAGGGAGGCCCCAAGUCCUCGCUGCCGGCAGCCUCAGGUGAGUAGAGAGGGUCGCUGCCCUCUGAGAGUGUUUGCAGUUUUUUGUACUCCUGUUGCUACAUAGUCAAGUUGCUUCAUGGCAGAGAAAUAGUUUCUGUUUCUAUGUUAGGAGUCAGCCCAUGUAAAGUCUCUCAGACUUGCUUAGAAGAAGACACCCUGAAUUCUAGAAGGAAAAGUUCCCCACAAAACCACGCUUCCUCUUCCCCUUUCUCUUCUCCAGUACAGUGCUCACUGGGGGCUGCUUCUAAACCUCCUCAGCCAGAGGGGUCUUCUGUUGAACCUGGGUGUGCGUUUCACAUUUAGCAUGUUUGUCAUUCCCAUCCAGUGCUGUGUUAACACCUUUGUUCAUCUCCCCUCCUGAUCUUUUUUUCUUAAACAGCUUAGCCUGAGCCAUAUUUUGUUUGUUUAGUUUAGUUUACAAAAAGGAUUUAAUAACCACAAUGUAAUUUUUGUCACCACUGUAUGAUUUUUUAAUAUUUCCGAAGUGUUCUCGAAGCCCAUCCUAGUUAACAGUGGAUUAAGAACUAGAAGAAAUAACCUGGAGAAAUCUCCACAUUGGGGUAAAUUUUUGCUUAGAGAGAAGAGUUAGAUAGUAUAGCUUCAUCUUGACCCCAAAUACAGGCACAUCCACUUCUUUUCAAAAAUUAGGAGACAUGCAGGACAGUCAACUCAUGCAGUUCUAGGGAGAGGAGAUUGUUUGGGAUUCAGUGAUGCAGGUGGCUCCUUGGGUUCUUGUUCUUGAACACUCUAAAAGAAGUCAGUCCUGAGGCUGUGCGGUGCGUACUGCCCAAUUGGGGUGGGAGUUGUUGCUUCCGAGCCCUGAUGGGUCGGAGCCUAUUUCCACAAGGCUGUGCAGCCUUUGACCUUAGUGGUCCCAGCCUUGCUCCAUCAGGGCACCCGCUUCACCUGGCAUAGGUGGGAAAGUUCCCCAGAGUCAGUCUCUGUGCUCUGGGGUGAGCUUGUCACAGAGUCCACACCAUCCCCAAGAGCUGUGUUUUCCGUGUCACCUUAGAUGUCACCUAAAGCAGUGAGACAUUCUAGAUUUUCAAGUAAAUUGUUAAUUGCCAAACACUGCAGUCUUUAGACUAUACUACAUCCUGUGAGGUCAUCACAAGUCCUGGGAAUCUGGAGAUUUUAGGCAGACUCUCCUUGGGAGGCCAGGAGCCUUCCACUUCUGCCUCUGAAAGGGCAGCUUCACACUCUGACAAUGUUUUUGCAUUAGUUUGAUAACCUUUCAGGAUGGGGAAUGCCUAGUCAGGUCAUCUGAAAAAAUGAUACCUCCCACCUUCAGAUUAGUGCAAUUGUUGUCCUCCUACUGCUACUGCUAAGUCACUUGAGUCGUGUCCGACUCUGUGUGACCCCAUCCCUUAAAAAUUAAUAAAUACAGAAAGAAUCCCAAUUGGUGUUGAUUCUAACAGACUACUUGAGCUGAGGCCAGCAGUCACAUGAUUGAUCUCACGUGUCCCUGCAACAUGAAGCUUUGGAGUGAAAAGACAUGUCUCUCCCCUAAAGCUUUGUUUAUCGUGAGGAUUUGUGAGCCUGAGCUUGUCUUAGAGAAUGAGACUGUCCAUAUGGCAAGGGGAGCGCACAGGAAAGCCGCCUUGACUCAGAACUGAGCACCCCAGGAGGGCCUCUGCAGAAGAGGGAAGUGCGUUUGGCUGAAAAAGCAAGGUUAAUAUCUAGGAGGUGGCGAGUCACUGCUUCUGUUCCUCUCAUCAGGUGUUUAGUUAAAUAGGUUUCCUUCGGUUUACAUUCCCAGUUCUUAACCUCAAACAGGGGCCAAUAGAACAGCAAAAAAAGGCAUUUAACCCCCUGGAGAUAGGCUCUAAAAGAUACAGAGGCAGCUGUCUUGUCAUUUCCAGGUUCAUCUCCAUUUCAAUGUGCUACCCAUCCUCCCACCACUACUGCCGCCAGGCCAGAGGUGAAAUUCUAUUAAUCCUUGAGUUGGGGAACAUAAAUUCUGGUCUGGAACACUUACCUACUAAAUGGCUCACCAUCUGUGAACUGUUAUCUGUAGGAUGAAUCUUUCAGGGAGCUUUCCAACAACACAGUAACAUCGCCCUUCCUGCCUCCUCCAAGCAGGCAUUAAGAUCAAAACCGUAAGGCUUUGGAACUCCUCAGGAAAAAGGCAAGAUGCCCCAGUCCUGAUGCUGGGCCUUGAGACCGGACUCUCGACUGUAGAGUGGGGUAAGUGGCUCACCUUUAGGAAGUCAUUUCUCCAGUGAGGUUGACUGUAGGUUCCUGCAGGAAGUGAUACUGACAUGAGCCCAGCCUUCUGAACACCCUUGUGCUAAUUAGAGCAGCAGUAGAUGCAUGUAGCCUCUUGCACCUCAUUUCUGUCCCACUGGGUAGAAAACAGCGUUUCAGGGUUAAGGCUUGGUCUUGCAUAACAGAUAUAACUUAUGCCAGGGAACAUACAGGCUGACUAUGGAGACGCCCAGAACCAGAACAGGUAGGCCUGCUCCACCUAGGGUCACCACGGGGGCCUGGCUGACGUUAGGGUCUUGGGGAGCUUCCAGAGCUCUGAGGGGCGGCGAGGACAUUGAGGGCCUUCUCUUGGCCAGCAGGCAGCUCGUGCUCCUGCCGAGGAUGAGAAGGAUGUGGAAGGGAGGGGCAGGUGUCUCAGCCACGUGCACGGACACAGACUUGCCUCUUGGCCUCCUCCCACAUGACUCAGAACCCAAAGGGACUUUCUCCAAAACCUCCGUUAGCCAGAUCCUCUGCUGCUCUGUCAGCCUCUGAGAACCUGCUCCUGUCACUCACCUGUGCGUGGACACAGGUGUGCUGCCCAGGCACAGAUGCACAAGGCUAUUCAGGGCCCAGCAGCCGCAUAGUGUUGCAUUUCAUAGUUAGAAAAACUGGGUCCACUCUGUUGUAAAAGAGACACAGUGUGGGGUGCAGUUUUAUACAUCAAGUCUGCUUUUAUUGUUUCAUAGUCUGAAAACAUUCAGACUGGUUUAUAAUUGAACAAAAAGUUGGUGGUUAGAAUAAGUAAACUGUCAAUACAUCUGUCUUAAGAAAGAUAACUACCAGUUUGCCAUGUGUUUAAGGAGGUAGUAGCAUCUAAGGAUGUUGUCACAGAAAAGCAGGCAUCUCUGACCACCCAUUAGUAGCAUCUUUAUACUUGCUUCUGUGUAAAGAGCCCAGUCUUUAGUUCAGGGACCUUUCUCACAUCCUGCCCAUUGGCCCCGGCAGGGGAUGGGCUUGGAGGAAGCAGUGAGGCCUCAGCCCUAUUCUCUGAGCCGCAGAGUAUGAUCUCAAGCAGCAUAAGGCUCAUUUGAGGGUUUUCCUAACCAUGCUCACCUCCACUCCACUCUUGCUCCCCUUUCGUUGGAAGUGUGCAGUCUAGGUCCAGGUCCAGGUGCAGUCUCCCUUUGGCCAAGUUCAACAGGUAUUUCCAAGGAACCCUUUGGAUGGAGGCAAAGUAGCCAAGAUGUGUUGAGUUUAACUUUUUCUGAAGGACAAAGUGUUUGUCCCUCCCUACUCAUGCUUACAUAUGUUUCAUCUGAAGCUUAAAUGACCAAGGCUCCAGAACUGAGACAGAGAGCCAGGGACCCCCACACCCAAACCAGACUGUUCUGACCCCACCAGAAGUCUGCUUUUGUCCCCUUCCAUCAGGACCACACAGAAAAGCAGACAACUUAGCCUUCCCGGUGAUCACUGGUUCCUCAGUGGCCGUUCUGCAGAGUGAGAAUGCGUCACCUGCUGAGGAGUGUGCUGAGUAUUUGUAGAAGGGGUAGAGAGUGGAAGGACCAAUGAGCUGAGCCUCACGUCCUGGGGAAAGGUGGCAGAAUAAUCUCGAACAAGCCCAACAGAACUGGGGGAUCCAAGGAAAGGCGCCUGUUUGGGAGGAGGUUGGUUAUAGUCCCUUAACCUCCAGGGACCUGGUGCUGCGUUGUGGAACCGGGCUGUGGGAAUAUUGCCCUUACCACAAUCCCAGUGCGCUCCGGCACCUUGGCGCUCCUGACCCACGGGGGCAUGGUCUUGUUUUCCAUUUUUUUCAUUUCCAAAACAACCUUGCUUGGUAUUGUACGGAAAAUCACGUUUUCCUCUAUACCCGCUCAGAGCUGCCAGGCCAGACAUGGCCUCCUCCCAGUCUUUCCACAGCACUUGUGAGGAAGGCCCUCUCAGUGCUCUUAGGGGCCGAGGGGAGGGGGACAGUCCAGAGGAGGUGGAAGGAAACUGAGUUUGCCUGCUUCCCUUUCUCUCGGAGGCCGUUCUUCAGCUUUCUUCACACCUAUUUCCUGUGGGUGCAGGCAGUUGCGGAGGAGGGCUGAACAGAGAGUCCAGGUUUGGGUCCAAGACAGGUACUCUGAGAUUCGAGUCCCACUCCCCACCCCCUCAGUUAAUAACUGGCAAGCCGUGUGUAACCGCCCCCUUACUAAAGUAUCCCCCUUGUAAUGCCAGCAGCAGAGGACAGCAAAGCCCUCCCCCAUAGUCUAGAUGGAGCCGUGGUAUUACCCCUAAAACCCCACCCCCCACCCCACUCCUUUUGUAAAAACAAAUGCUUUAACCUGUGAGUGUGCUGUUCCUUUCUAUGUGUUAAUCUGUUUUCUUUCCACUUGAACUGUGUGGGAGGGAAGGGCAUUGGAAUUGUAGGUUGUAAUAUUGUGCCAAUCAAUAAAAACCAGUAUUUCACACACA